AUGGUCAUGCUCGGGGUCAAGCUGGCGGUGGUGGAGGCGCUCGAGGCUAAGCUGCCUGGAGUGUACUCGCACGAGAAUGUCAUGCUCUCGGGCAUCCACACGCACUCGGGCCCAGGCGCGUACUCGACGCAGUCUCUGUUGUACGAUAUCACCACGCUCGGGUUCGACAAGAAGCACUUUGACACGGUAGUGGGCGGCAUCGUGGCAGCCAUUCUCGACGCGCAUGCCGACGCGCGCCACGAACUGAAGGGCCGACUCAAGGUCGGCUCGCUGCUGGGCGCCAACAUCAACCGCUCGCCAUCGUCGUAUCUAGCGAAUCCGGCCGAGGAGCGCGCGCUCUUUGAGCAUGACGUCGACAAGAACAUGACGGUGGUGGCGCUCGACGAUGCAGGCACCGGCGAGCCGCUGGCGCUGCUCUCGUUCUUUGCGGUCCACUGCACGUCGAUGCACAACACAAACAAGCUUGUUUCCGGAGACAACAAGGGCUACGCCUCGAUGCUUGUCGAGGCGGCGCAUAAUCCUGCCGGUAGUCUCCCCGGCAAGGGCCCGUUUGUGGCUGCGUUUGGGCAGGCCAACGAGGGCGACGUCUCGCCGAACGUCGAGGGCGCGUGGUGCCACGCCAAGGUUGGCGGCACGCCGUGCGCCGACGGCGAGUCGGUCUGUGACGGCCGCAACGAAGAGUGCUUUGGUGUCGGCCCGGGUGGCUUUGACAACGACUUUGAAAGCACCCGUACCAUCGGGGCGGCGCAGGCGGACGAGGCGAUGCGGCUGGCGCAGUCGGCCAACGAAGCACUCGACACCGCGCUCGGCGUGGCCUCGGUUCACGCCUGGGUCGACAUGACCAACGUUACUGUCGCGCCCAAGUUUUCGGGUGCGCCGAGCCCGGUGACCACCUGCCGGCCGGCGGUCGGCUUCUCGUUCGCCGCGGGGACCACUGACGGGCCGGGCGCGUUCAACUUUCACCAGGGCGACAACACCACGUCGGGCAAUCCGCUGUGGGAUCUGGUCCGUGGCCUGAUCAAGGAGCCGACACCGGCGCAGGUCGCGUGUCACGCACCCAAGCCGAUUCUCCUUGACGUUGGAGAGAUCAAGCCGCACCCGUGGACGCCGACCGUGCUCCCGCUGCAGAUCUCGCAGGUCGGCCAGCUGGUCAUCAUUGCCGUGCCCGGCGAGUUUACCACAAUGUCCGGCCGCCGGCUGCGGUACAUUGUCCGCCGCGCCUUUGUCGACGCCGGCCACCCUGCCGCCGACAAGCUGACCUUUGUCAUUGCCGGCCUCGCCAACGCGUACUCGCAGUACAUCGCCACCGGUCCGUCGCUCACUGCCGCUGGCACGUACGACACUGCUGGCGGGGAGUACGCCCGCCAGCGUUACGAGGCGGCGUCGACGCUCUUUGGUCCGUACACGCUCGCGGCUUACAUGCAAGAGUACUACACGCUCGCCACCGCGCUUGCAAAGCGCGCGCCUGUCCCGGCUCCUGGCACCCCGCACCAUCGACCGUCUUUGUCAACUACGACUUUCUCCCGCCGGUCCUCGCCGACAUCCACCCGCUCGACGCCACCUUUGGCGCCGUCCGUACGCAGCCGGCCGCAUCGUACUCGAUCCGCGACAAUACCACGGUCUCGGUCGUCUUUUGGGGCGCCAACCUCCGCAACAACUACAUGA